UCUAUUAUUACACCAUAAGUUUGUAAAUAUAAAUAAGUUAUAAGAUGAGAAUUGCUUCUUUGUGGUACUUGGCUGUGAAUUAUUGAAGAUUGUAAAGAAGAUGUUAAAGCAUUUUCUCCUUGUAUUGGUUAGCUGCUAUGCUGUUGCAAUUUUGGUUCAUGCCCAAGAUCAAACAGGUUUAUUUUUAUCUAAAUUCUUUGAAUAACAAAUUCAAUUCUCUUUCGCUAACCAAGGAACUUAUUAAGGCCUUCCUUUUGUUUCUCGCAGGUUUCAUUAGCUUAGACUGUGGGCUACCAGAUAAUACAACCUAUAUUGAAUCCACAACAGGCAUCAACUAUAUUUCAGAUGCAGCUUAUAUACAAACAGGCAUAGGUAAGAGUAUCUUACCUGAAUUCCAAACAGGACUGCCGCGGCAGACAUGGCAUCUUAGAAGCUUUCCUAAAGGGGACCGAAAUUGUUACAACCUUAGCCUCAGAAAGGGAGAUGAAUACUUAAUCAGAGCGACUUUCGUUUACGGAAACUAUGAUGAAAUGAACAAACCACCCAAAUUUGAUUUCCACCUUGGGCCUAAUUUGUGGACUUCUGUAACAAUACAAAAUGCAUCUGUUGUUAUAAGCAUGGAAAUUAUUCAUGUCAUCCAAUCAAAUCGUUUGUUUGUUUGUCUAGUGAAUACUGGAAAUGGGAUACCAUUCGUAUCAGCACUAGAAUUAAGGCUCUUGAAUAAUGCUACCUACAGAACUCAAAUAGGAUCCCUGCAACUUUUCACAAGGCUUGAUGUUUGUUCAACAACUGGUUCAACAUUCAGGUUCAAAGAAGACAUUUAUGAUCGUGAGUGGUGGCCUUAUAAUAGAAAUGAUUGGACACCAGUUACUACCUCUUAUACUGUUACAGCAGGUAGUAAUUUGUACCAGCCACCAUCUCUUGCCAUGAGGACUGCUUGCAUACCUGUAAAUUCCAGUCAGUCCUUGGUUUUCUCCAUUGACCCCAGUUCCGUUCCCAAUGCGGAGUUUUACUUAUACAUGCACUUUGCUGAAGUUCAACAGCUCCAAGCCAACGAAUCCAGGAAGUUCAACAUCUCUUAUAACGGCCAGUUUUGGUUCGGGCCAGUUAUUCCUUUUUACUUGGCCUCAACCACCGUUUUCACCCGAUCAGCCUUGACUGGUGGAGACUACCAAUUUUCAAUCUACAGAACUGCAGAUUCAACCCUUCCACCCAUCCUCAACGCAAUUGAGAUUUAUACCGUAAAAUCAUUCGUACAAUAUGAGACAAUCGAGACAGAAAUUAUGUAUGACAUAAUAGUUGAUGCAAUCUCAAAUAUAAAAUCAAUAUAUGGAUUGCAAAGAAAUUGGCAAGGAGAUCCAUGUGUUCCUGAAGCAUACUCAUGGGAUGGUCUUAAUUGCAGCUACAACGGUUACAAUCCACCUAGAAUCAUAUCCUUGAACUUAUCCUCAAGCGGCUUGAAUGGAGAGAUACCGCCUUACAUAAUCAGUCUCACUCAGUUACAAUAUCUGGACUUAUCAAACAAUAGUUUGACUGGACCAGUGCCUGAGUUUCUAUCCCAACUGCAAAGCUUGACAGUUCUGAACUUAGAUGGAAACAUGCUUAAUGGUACAAUUCCAUCUGCACUUAUUGAAAGGUCGAAAAAUGGCUUGCAAUUAAGUAUUGACGGAAAUCCCAACCUUUGUGUGUCACUCCCGUGCAAGAAGAAUAAGAAGAAAAACGUUGUUGUUCCAAUUGCAGCAUCAGUUGCUUCAUUUUCUGUACUAAUAAUUGUAUUGGCUACCAUAUGGAGGCUUCUUAAAAGGAGACAACCACCACUAGGUAUGACCUCCAUUACAAAACUAUUCUCAACAGAUUUAUGCUUAUUGAACCUAUUAUCAGAUGGGAAUACGGAUGAUGAAUCCAACACAUUAUUCCAGUCAUUGGAGUUAAAGAAUAGGCGGUUCAAGUUCUCUGAGGUACAGACGAUGACAAACGACUUUAAGAGAGUUCUUGGUACUGGAGGAUUUGGAAAUGUUUUCUACGGCAACAUAGAUGACACUGAAGUAGCCGUAAAGAUGCUAUCUCUAUCAUCAAGUCAAGGGUACAAGCAGUUUGAAGCUGAGGUCAAAACUCUUUUUAGAGUUCAUCAUGCAAAUUUGACAAGCCUUAUUGGGUAUUGCAAUGAAGGUGCCAAUCUGGGGCUAAUUUACGAGUACAUGGCCAAAGGAAAUUUAGCAGAGUUUCUAUCAGGUAUAAGUACACGUAUACUGAAAUGGGAAGAAAGAGUACGAAUAGCACUGGAAGCAGGGCAAGGACUUGAGUAUUUACACGAAGGUUGCAGACCACCAAUAAUCCACAGAGAUGUGAAAUCUUCAAACAUCUUAUUAAACGAAGACUUCCAAGCCAAACUAGCAGAUUUCGGGCUGUCAAAGACAUUUCCAAUCGAAGGUGGAAGUCAUAUAUCAGCAUCGGUUGCUGGUACUACUGGCUACCUUGAUCCCGAGUAUCGCACAUCAUUCAUUUUAACCAAAAAAAGUGAUGUUUAUAGCUUUGGGGUUGUUCUUUUGGAGAUCAUAACAGGUAAACCAGCUGUGAUUAAUGCACAAACCAACAAUGUGAGAACUCACAUAAGUAAAUGGGUUAGCUCCAUUCUGUCUAGAGGUGAUAUCAGAAGUAUUGUUGAUCAAAGAUUAGAUGGAGAUUUUGAUGUUAAUUCUGCGUGGAAAGCCGUAGAAGUAGCAAUGCUUUGUGUGUCUCACAAUUCAACAAGAAGGCCAACCAUGAACGAGGUGGUGCUGGAACUAAGCCAAUGUUUGUCUGCGGAAAGAGCCAGGACAACGGGAGAGCACGGAAAUAAAUCAAAAAACCCAGUUGACAUGAUGACCAUGAGUUUAAGCACUGAAAUUGGUCCUGUACCGAGGUAAUCAUUCAAAGUCAUGGGAAUAGACGUAAUGAUCAUGAAUCUAGAUUCUUGAAUAAGAUCGAUUAAUUCCUAGAAAGGUAGCUUAAAUUUUAUCAGUCAGAGUCGACUGAGAGUAUUAUUGUACGAGAAAGGUAUUGUAUAAAAUUCGAUAUAUAUUUUGUGUAUGAUUUUAAAGACUUAAUGUUCUGGAUAACAAUUGCAAUUCUCUUUUCAUAUAUGACAAAGGAUUCAGGCGUAUUAAUGUUGGGAUUCAAGGAGUGCUGUAUGUGACAUUUUAAGCUUAUUUUUGUGAUACCACAAACAAAAGGCAGAUUAAAGCUGUUUAUCUUCCUUUUGGACGGCUUUCUAUGGGUUGCUUUUCUUUUUCGAUUCUGGGCAUACUUUUCUGAGGAAUUGGCUUCCAUAUCAUUCUUUCCUUAUCUUUUCAACAAGCCAUCUUUCCCAAUUCCUAUUUGGAUUAAGGGGAUACCUUCCGCUUCUUGCUUACUAGUUAUUUGGAUUUUUUUUGUAGCUGGUUAAAUUGGAUGAUUUAUCGGAAAACUUUGUUUGAGGGUGUAAAAUGCAAAGCGUGUCAUAGAAUGCCAGAGGUACCUAUAGUAGUAUGAAAGUUCAAUUUGUGAGGUGGCUGUUAAAGGUAUAUACAUUAACUGGUUUUCUUGCAGGAUACUAGAUUGAUGGCUUGUGAUUUCAGAUAAUUGAGAAGUUUUGGUCCUAUGGUAAUUUUGAUUAGCGUUCUGACAUUAUGGAUUAAUGUUUUUUGAAUACAAUUCUAUGAGGUGAUUAAGGAAAGAUGUAUUGCAAUCUUGGAUUGAUGGUUGGAUCUUGAUUUUAGGUAUUGCCUUGUGAAUAUGAAUGUUUCGAGUGGACAGGAUGAAAAGAAACUGUUAUGGGAA